AUGCUAACGAUGAAGACUGAAAUCGAAGGCAUAAAGUCGACUUAUGCUACGCUAGAGUGUGUAAAUGAACUAAGAACGGAAGUCUAUCAGCUAAAAACCGAUUCCCCAUCGCCGGCGUCAGCUUUCAAAAUGAACAUGAAACGAGGUGCGUGGCUAGACAGUGGACCGAUGGGACUCUCACAUGAUUAUGAUAUGUUGCCCAAUGAGAUAAGUACAAAAAACAUAAAUGAAUUAUUUAUCAUAAAAUCGCCUUCGACGCAAUCUGAAAAAUUGAGGGUAGAACGACAUAAGCCAACAGAAAAUAAACUAAACGGCCGGCAACGUCUGUCGGUGAAACGAACUCAGGCAAGCGCACUUGCAGGCUGCUGUGAGGGAGGAGUAAGAUCAAUAGUGAAUCAGGAGGCGAACACUCAAAGCGGUCCGGCGGUGACGUUACACUCAUCGAGCACGAAUCUACAGCUAGAGGAGCAGAUGACCACUACUGAUAAGGCAGGCGAUACAUGCGCGUUAGAAACGUGUAAACCGGAGCGCUCGCAAAAUAUUAACAGCGAAGACUGGCAAAAAAUGGUAUAUCGUAAAAAACAAAACAAAUAUCGUUACGUAGGAAAGUCGGGCAUAGCAAGAGACCUAGAAUGCACCUUCAGAGCUGCCGAUAGGAAAAUUCCUAUGUUCAUUACGAAUGUGAAUGUAAAAAAGAAAAAGACAUAA